UAAACCACCACAUCCUCCAAACUCUCCUCUCACUCGCUAACUAUUCACUCAAUACAUCAUAUCAUAUCAUAUAAUAUUAUACAACAUCCCAUCAACCAUGCAAAGUCACUCACUCUCCUACAUAUCAUCAUAUGAGACUGUUGAUGAGUCCUCCAUUUCACUCUCUCUUGGCCCUCCUGGUACACACCACAAACCCAAACUAUCCUCUUCAACAUCAAAUCAUCAUUCUGCUACCACUCUGCAUCACCAUCUUCAUCAACACCAAAAGCAAAAUCUUACCAUUGAUGAUGAUCAGAGUGGUGUAACAGUUGCACUUCACAUUGGCCUUCCGACCACUAAUAUUUCACAAAACAAUAUCCCCAUUAACAAACCUGAUCCGAUACAAGGUCAAUAUUGGAUUCCUUCGCCUGCUCAAAUACUCAUUGGACCAACACAGUUCUCUUGCACUGUUUGUAAUAAAAUGUUCAACCGUUUCAACAACAUGCAGAUGCAUAUGUGGGGACAUGGAUCACAAUACAGAAAAGGACCAGAAUCUCUAAGAGGAGUAAAACCAGCUUCAUCAAUGCUUCGGCUUCCUUGCUAUUGCUGUGCCGAGGGAUGCAAAAACAACAUAGAACAUCCUAGGUCAAGGCCACUAAAGGAUUUCAGAACACUUCAAACACACUACAAGAGAAAGCAUGGAGCCAAGCCAUUCGGUUGUAGAAAGUGUGGAAAACCCUUUGCCGUUAGAGGAGAUUGGAGAACACACGAGAAAAACUGUGGAAAACUUUGGUUCUGUAUCUGUGGCUCUGAUUUCAAACACAAGAGAUCACUAAAAGAUCAUGUUCGUGCUUUUGGUGAUGGUCAUGCUCCACACACUGUGGAGAGUUGUGAAGAUCAAGAUGUGUUGUUAGGUGAUGAGUAUGAUGAGGAAUUUGAACUAGACGAAGAUGAUGAAGAUUAUGAUGAUGAUAAUGAUAACAUCAAUGGAAUGGCUUUUAGUUUUCGUUCAUAAUAACUAAUAUCAUGGUUGUGCGUGCCUAUAUCAAUCACAAUGGAUUUUGAUGUUUUUGCGAUCAUGAUCACAACUCAUAAUGAGUCAUUGUAAUUUUAUAGAAAUUACAUUAUGUAGUUUUUAUAAAAUUGCAGUGACUUAUUAUAAUAUUCUUACCAAUCACGUUGUCAAAAGCAAACAAUCAUUCAAUCACAUUUGAUUGAAAUAGAUUCCUCAUCCGGAAAUUAUGUCUUCACGCAGUAAGAAUAUCAUUAGUUAUUAAAUUAAAAUCAAACAUUUCAAAUCCAUUUGAUUGUGAUUCACCCCAUCCAUGAUAUCAUAUGACUCUAGGAUUUAAAACUUUGACUAAUACAAAGUAGGUGUGUGCGCUUUUGUUUUAGUUUGUUAGCUAGAUUUUGGUUGUAAGUUGUAACUAAGAUUUUGAUUAAUGAUUAAUGAAUGGAGUAUAUUAUUAGA